CCUGGCUGUUGGCGGCACACGGUGCGCUAGGUCCCAGUGUCAGGUGAAGGCCCCCUGAUUACGACGGCCCGAAACUAUGAUGGGGGAGAAGUAGGUCGACUGAAGGUCUGUAUUGAAGGGGGGAGAGAGGAGGAGAUGCGAGCUGACCAGAGGCUGCAGGCUGCCAUUUCCAAAGCGCGCGACAGGGCGGAGCGCAGGUGCAGACGAGACGGGGUGACCGUGGGCUUGAGAGUGACGGUCAUCUAUCAUGAGACCGAGUCGUCCACUGGGACCGAGACAAGGCAGGAACAGCACAACGAGAGAGACUCAGGCGGGGAGAGUGAAAUGAGCGAAGCGGACCGUGAGACGGAUCUCAGGUCCUGGAACAGACCCGAGGAGAUCCAAAGGCACCACCAAGCCACGGAACCGGUGGAGAAGGGCCCCGAGGCCAGCUCACGACAGCCGACUCCCAGAGGCCGCGGGACCGGAGGGAAACAGGGCUGCUUGCAGGGACCGCAAUGCGCAGCACUAUGCGCGCAUAUCCACACAUACUUAGCCUUCCAUGCACCACCAUCUUCGUCGACGGAUGACGAAGCUGCAGUGGGGGACAUCCUUGCGUACGUUGCCAAGGUGGCCCGCGAGUUUCGAUUGCAGCGGUACGAUGAUAACAACGCACUGCUCCUCUACGUCCGCAUCCAAGUUGGGCAAGCGUCCUGCAGCGCUUUGCUGGAUAGCGACGCGACUCGCAAUUUCAUCAGCCAAUCCUUUAUCCAAAGGGCCGGCCUUGGCGCUCAAGUUCGAAGGAAGCCAAACCCGACGGCGAUCAAGUUGGCGGACGGUCAGACGCAACAACUCCUCGAUCGCUAUAUUGAAGCCGUGCCGGUUUAUUUCGCACCUCAUGCAUGCGAACCGGUGACGUUUGACGUCUUGGACACGGACUUCGACAUCAUUAUGGGCAUGCCUUGGCUUGCAAGUGCGGAUCACACGGUUAACUUCCAUCAGCGGACACUUACCGUUCCCGACGCCUUCGGCGUCGAGGUGCUGUGUACCAUUCCUCUUCCGCACUCCUCGAUCCGGUGCCAAGUUGUAACGGCCAAGUCUUUUCGGGCCACUUGGGCUUACGAGCGGACCGCCGAGAUCGGCCUAUGUUUUCUACGAGCCGCCUCGACGACCGAAUCUUCACCAACGGACUUGUCUUUGGACCCCCGAGUGGUGCGGCUGCUAGAGGAGUUCACCGACAUCUUCGAGUUUCCUACCGGUGUGGUGCCGGAUCGGCCGAUCUCCCACGAGAUCAUUCUCGAGGCCGGUCUCGUGCCGCCGAAAGGAUGCAUCUAUCGCAUGAGCGAGGAGGAGCUCGAGGUUCUCCGCGCUCAAAUCGACGAUCUUUUCGACAAGGGCUGGAUCCGCCCUAGCAGCUCACCAUAUGGUGCGCCAGUUCUCUUCGUACGAAAGAAGAACAAGGAUCUUCACUUGUGCAUCCACUACCGCAAGCUCAACGCACAAACCGUCAAGAAUGCGGAACCUCUUUCGCGAAUUGACGACCUUCUCGAGCGUUUGGGCGGUGCAAAUUUUUUCUCAAAGUUUGACUUGAAGUCGGGCUACCAUCAAAUCUCGAUACGCCCGCAAGAUUGCUACGGACACUUUGAGUGGAUCGCUAUGCCGUUUGGCCUCACCAAUGGCCCGGCAACCUUUCAAGCGGCAAUGACCAACGAGUUUCAUGCGAUGCUGGACCGGUUUGUACUAGUCGACUUAGACGACAUCCUCGUCUAUAUCCGAACAUUGGAGGAUCAUCUUGAGCACCUUCGACGAGUGUUGGAGACACUCCGCCGCGCCAAGUACAAAGCCAACUGCGACAAGUGCGAAUUUGUCCGGCAAGAGCUGGAAUACUUGGACCAUUUUGUCACACCGGAGGCCAUCAGUCCGUUGUCGGACAAGAUUCAAGCCAUCCAAGAGUGGAUGGAGCCGAAGACCGUCACAAACGUGCGUUCCUUCCUUGGCUUAGCCGGCUACUAUCAACCGCUUCAUCAGGGGAUACUCGAAGAUCGCGGCUCCCUUAUCCAAGCUUUAAUGUGAGGACCGGCCAUUCGACUUCGACGACCAUGCGCGAACUUCAUUUUUGGCUCUCAAAGCCGCAUUGUUAUCCGCGGAG